AUGUCUCAAUUCUCUGAAUACAAGGACCUUAUGCAGGCAGGCGAUUUGGCGCUAGCUUGGAUAUCCAGAGACAAUAUAAAACCUGUGAGAAUCACACCCGGGGCUACUUUCAACACCAGAUAUGGCUCUUUCCCACACGAUGACAUGAUUGGUAAACCGUUUGGGUCCCAAAUCGCAGUAAGAACUCGUGGUUCCAACAAGUUUGGUUUCAUACAUGUUCUACAGCCCACACCGGAGCUAUGGACGCUUUCACUGCCGCAUAGAACGCAAAUCGUGUACACACCAGACUCUUCGUACAUCAUGCAGCGUCUGCAAUGCAGUCCGCACUCAAGAGUCGUAGAAGCCGGAACUGGGUCUGGGUCUUUCACUCAUGCGUUUGCUAGGUCUGCAGGCUUCGUUUUCUCAUAUGAGUUUCAUGAGGUCAGAUAUGAACAAGCGAAAAAGGAAUUUGAGGACCACGGUCUUCUGCGGGAUGGAAAUCUGGCCAUCACACAUCGCGAUGUGUGCCAGGACGGGUUUGCCAUUGGCAAAAACGACACAACUACGCUAUUCGAUAAUUCGACAUUGAAUGAAGCCACUAGUCCCGCCAAGAUUGACGCCAACGUCAUAUUCCUUGAUCUACCGGCUCCAUGGACCGCCAUCCCGCAUCUGGACGAAGUUAUAUCCCAAGAUUCGAAAGUUUCUUUGUGCUGCUUCUCUCCGUGCAUAGAACAAGUCGAUAAGACUGUGGAAGUGCUAGAAAAACAGGGCUGGGUCGACAUAGAAAUGGUUGAAAUCCAGGGAAAACAGUACGAAUCACGUAGACAAAUGGUACGCCAUCUAGACCAUGCCUUACAAAGACUGCGGGACGUAAAAGAGCGCAAACAGAUGGGCAUGGAAAGAAGAAAACGUAUGUUCAACAAACUGAUAAGCGAUCAAGAAGAAGCAUUUGAAGAAAGGCCAGAAACGCCUAAGGCGGAGUACAAUCCAUUCGGGAAAGGCUCUCGUGUCAAAGAAGGUGACACGGGGUUUCAAUGGAAAGAAGUUUCCAAAGUGGAAAGUGAAAUCAAGUCGCACACUUCGUAUCUCACGUUUGCAUCAAAAGUCGUCGACAAGACACGCGAUGAAGCUCUCGUAACAAAAAUUAUCGAUCAAACGAGGGAAAAAGCUGCAAAACUCCCGCUACCGACAAAAGCAGAAAGUAAAUAG